CCACCGUCCAGGCAUCAGCAAACGGCAUAAAGCCUACAGCCUAAGCUAGGGUUUUCGAUUUGUGGAUCGGGACUCCAGAGGCCGCCGCAUCCUCUCUCAAUCCACGCCAAUCCCUAGCCACAUCUCCGGCCACCUUCCGCCAUGUCUUCACCGAGGAGGUUUUCCUGGGUCGUGCUGAGGAAGCACGUCCCGGUCUUCGACGCCGAGGAGAAGGAGCAGGAGGACAAGAUCAUGGCCAAGGCGAGCAAAGAUUGGGGGAACAUCGAGAAUGGGUCCUGGAUACUGGACCAGUUCUCGCUCGACGCGCACCUCGUCGAGCCGCCGGAGCUCUCCACCUUGUCCGUGCGCGCCAAGAUCGAGACGCAGGAGCGCGGCUUCGGGUGCGUCCUCGACUCCGUCGUGGAGAACUACCUCGUCAUGACUCUGGUGUUCGGCGACAGGUGGUACGGGCUCGUCUACGACGCCGCCAAGAACUCGCUCUCGCUGCUCCCCGCCACCAUGGAUUCCUUCGAGGGCUACGACUUCGCGUCGAGAGUUGAUUCUGUGCCCUUCUUCUUCCUGAGGCCACCUGCUGUCCUGCCACGCGACGACGGUUCCUACGAUCUGUUCAAUCUGGGGUUCCGUUUCGCUACACGCGACAGAGUGUUGCAGGGGUCGUCGGGCAUCAUCUUCCGGUGGUGGAGCCAUGCCGCUGGCAAGAAGUGGACGAAGCAGGAGGCGCGCUUCAGCCCGCAUACCCAGGUGCCGCGCCAGCCGGCUUACAAAGUAGACGCGGCCUUCACUUUCAAAGGGAAGGUUUUCUGGGCCGAUCUCAUGCUUGGCGCCAUUGUCUGUGACAUGCCAUCCACCCGUACCACUACCAGCGAAGACGAAGACCACGUGGAGCUGGACUUCAUCCAUCUUCCCCAGGAGUGCCAAGGCCGUGACUUCUCCCGCAGUUACCCCAAGGACCGUCGGACCAUGGGCCCUGUCGGGGACUCCAUAAAGCUCAUCUCCAUCGUCACCAUCAGUGGCGACAACCCCCGUGACAACACGCCCCCUGCCGAUGUCGUGUUGCGGAGCUGGACCCUGUCGCCAGAUCUCCGCUCAUGGACGAGAGACCAAGACAUGGAGCUGCCCUUGCCCCUGCUCUGGCAGUCGGAGGUCUACAAGCGCGAGAGGCUGCCGCAGGCCAUGCCGCAGUGCCCAGUCCUCAAGGCCGACGAGGAUGGUGUCCUUUACCUCUUGCUGGGAGAUUACUAC